AUGUCUUCCAAUCCAGAUCUCUCCUCAGUCUUACGCACUCUCUCUGCAUUUGCAAAACCAGCAUCAAGCACAUCGCCAGCAGGUCCAGGUCCUAGCACACAUAAUCAGCAUCAACGUCAACAACCACCAUCAUCCAAAACUUACGAAAGAAAGCCUCCAACACCACCUUCUACAGAUCCAUCAAGUAUAACAACCUGGCCUUCAGCCCUCAAACACAUAAUGCAUCUUGUAUCCACCAACGCAAGCUUUGCCGCGAACAUCCAACAUCUCAUCAAAUCGCAGCGCGAGCAUGAGCGGCAAUGGUGGUCUGGCCGCGAGGCGCUGAUCGCGAAGCAGAGGACGCGAGAGGAGAAGAGAAAGAAGGUUGAGGAGGUUUUAAAAUCAGUCGGUGCUCCGGUUAACACUCCAUCAAAUCCAUCCCUCGGUAUGGGGAGUAGUCACAAAGACUCCAAGGAAGUAAUAUCUAGAGAAAACGCCACAGAACUCCUCACCUACGACACUAAAGUAUACCAAGCAUCAGUCGACUUGUCUCGUUCCAUGGAGACGGAGCUGCGAAAGCUUGGUGUUCCGUUCUUUUGUCUGAAUGGCGCAUUAACUACUGGUUCCAUUACACCUGCUAGCUCUGCGUCGUCGAAGGAGAAAGACAAGGAAAAAGGAUUGCCAGAGGAUGAAUUGGAUUUGUUGAAGAGGCGGGUUUUGGAUCUUUUGGUUGACCUGUGUACUGACUAG